CACAGAGAGAAACGGCUCCCGUCGGUGGCCGAGUCGUCGCCGCGGUCGCCCCCUCGGCGUUCUCGCAGGCCGGGAGCGGCCGGGCCGCGUCGGCGCCAAGCUGGUCGCGGGCCGAGAGCUGCCGGCGCCAUGAGUCAGAGGCAGGUGUUGCAAGUGUUCGAGCAGUACCAGAAAGCCCGGACCCAGUUCGUGCAGAUGGUGGCGGAGCUGGCGACCAGACCCCAAAACAUCGAGACGCUGCAGAACGCGGGUGUAAUGUCUUUGCUGAGGCCUCUUCUUCUGGAUGUGGUCCCAACAAUUCAACAGACUGCUGCAUUGGCUCUUGGGAGACUGGCUAAUUAUAAUGAUGAACUAGCAGAAGCAGUGGUGAAGGGUGACAUUCUUCCACAGCUUGUUUAUUCAUUGGCAGAACAGAAUCGUUUUUACAAGAAAGCAGCUGCCUUUGUGUUACGAGCAGUUGGUAAACAUUCUCCUCAACUAGCUCAGGCAAUAGUUGACUGUGGAGCACUGGAUACGCUGGUGAUAUGCUUGGAAGAUUUUGACCCCGGAGUCAAGGAGGCUGCAGCUUGGGCACUUGGAUAUAUUGCAAGACAUAAUGCAGAACUGUCACAAGCUGUGGUGGAUGCGGGAGCUGUUCCUCUUUUAGUACUCUGUAUCCAGGAGCCAGAAAUUGCUUUGAAAAGGAUUGCUGCUUCGGCCCUCAGUGAUAUUUCAAAGCAUUCUCCGGAGUUAGCACAGACAGUAGUGGACGCAGGAGCUAUUGCUCACUUAGCCCAGAUGAUCCUGAACCCUGAUUCUAAAUUAAAGAAUCAGGUUCUUUCAGCUCUUAGUCAGAUUGCAAAACAUUCUGUGGAUCUGGCAGAAAUGGUGGUGGAAGCAGAGAUUUUUCCAGUUGUACUUACCUGCUUGAAGGACAAAGACGAAUACGUGAAGAAAAAUGCUUCUACUUUAAUUAGAGAGAUUGCAAAACAUACGCCUGAGCUUUCGCAGUUGAUCGUUAACGCCGGAGGAGUGGCUGCCGUGAUUGAUUGUAUCGGGUCCUGCAAAGGAAACAUAAGACUGCCUGGCAUCAUGAUGCUUGGUUAUGUAGCGGCUCAUUCUGAGAACCUGGCAAUGGCAGUGAUCAUUUCCAAGGGUGUGCCCCAGUUGUCAGUCUGCUUGUCAGAAGAACCAGAAGAUCAUAUUAAGGCUGCCGCUGCUUGGGCCUUAGGACAGAUUGGGAGACACACUCCAGAGCACGCCCGGGCUGUUGCAGUCACAAACACCUUGCCGGUUCUGCUUUCAUUGUACAUGUCAACAGAAAGUUCCGAGGAUCUUCAAGUAAAAAGUAAAAAAGCUAUAAAGAAUAUCCUACAAAAAUGCACCUAUUUACCAGCCCUUGAGCCAUUUCUGUAUGAUGCACCUCCCAAUAUUCUGAAGCAUGUUGUUGGACAGUUCAGUAAGAUUGUGGGAGAAAUUAGUAUAAGUUGUGAGUUUUUAAGUCAAGCAUCUGAGAAUAGGUAUUAUUCCCCUGGAUAUUCAGAUACACUUCUGCAGAGAGUGGACAGCUAUCAACCACUUACUCACUAAGCAAAGUUCUGUUUUUAUACUCUAAUUCACAAUGGAGUAUUUAUGAAUGACAGUUGUUAAAACUCUUUCUAAAUAUUUGAACUAAGUACAUUCUAGAUUUAUUCAGUGGGAAAUACCUUUGGAUAAUAUUUUCUAAAUUUAUGUAAUACUUUGAAAAAUUAGUGGUCUGAAUAGAUGAGGAACUACUGGUCAUUUGCAUAGGAUUUGUUCUAAGGGUAAAUUUUUGGAAGACACUAAAAGGUCUUAAGGCAUUUGUUACUGUCCUUUUGAACCCCUCUCCACAGCCCCCAAACACUCACACCCCCAACUACAUAUAGAUGAAAGAUGGUGCUGAAAACUUUAGUUACUUUGGCCAAUUCCUCCUAGACACAGGCAAGGAAAACUGGCCUUGCAAAUUCCUCAGCAGGACAUGGAUGGGAAACAGCCAGAAGAGGAAACUAAUGACAGACGUAUGGGGCACCGGAAGAGACGCUGAUGCUGUUUGCAUCAGUGCAUCAUCCAAACACAGGGAAUCGAUGGAUAACCUGUCAGGUUCUCCUAAUAACUUAGGAAGCUCUCCUCUUCAUGCCAAGUUUUCUAAGCUCUUUUCUCACCUCCCUGAGACUCUUCCUUACCUUUCAUGGGGCUGGAGAGGGAGGAAGUCAGUAUUAAGCAUUACUCCACUACAGACAUGCUUCCCAUUUCAUUGAAAAGUUUCUGAGUCUAGCUCAUGAAUAAACAAGGAAGCAGACAAAUAAAAUGGGUCCUCAGUAUACCCUGUCCUCGCUUCACGUCCCCAAGUUUUAAAAGCCACAUUUUCAGGGAUUUAAGAAAUAAUUAAAAAAAAAAUACCACCAGACUUAGACUUUGCAUGCAUUUUCACUUAGACAGCUGAAAGGAGGUGAGAGGGAGUUUCAAAAAAAAAAUUUUAAAU